AUGUCUCUCGUACAUGCUGCGCAUGAAGCAGAGGCUGCGGAAGCGUUCAGGAACAUACCUAUAGUCGACCUGAAAGACAUCGACAGCUCCAACCCGGUGGUUCGCGCAGCAUUGGCAGAUGAGAUACGGGACGCUUGCAUGAAUGUGGGAUUUCUUUAUGUGAAGAAUCAUGGGAUAACAAACGCGAUAAUAGAAAACGCCCUAACGGCGUCGAAAUCCUUCUUCUCUCUCCCCCUAGAGAAGAAAUUGGAGCUCGACAUGACCAAGACUGCGAACUUUAAAGGGUACAACCCCGUCCUGAGCAGCAAUAACAACCCCGAGAACAACGGAGACAUGCACGAAGGCUUCGAAUUUGGUUGGGAAGAGAUAGACGCCCGUCCCGACGACGAAAAGCGGGCGAAUGACGGCGUGAUGGCAGGAGCGAACGUCUGGCCGUCGGACUGCCUGGAAUUCAGAGAAUCGGUUCUGACGUAUUAUCACGCCGCAGUGAACCUCGGUCGGAAAUUGUUCCCCCUGUUUGCGCUCGCCUUGAAUCUGCCAGAGAAUUUCUUCGAUGACAAGACGAAGAAUGCUGCGGCGCUCAUGAGGGUUCUCCACUACCCUCCGCAGACGGGUCCUGUGGACGACCGAGUCAUUGGGAUCGGGGCACACACCGAUUGGGAGGUAUCUGUCAAUUAUCCGUCUGUAGCACAGCAGGAGGUCUCACAAGGGUUACUGGAUGCGCAGUGCUUCACCAUUCUGUGGCAAGAGCCAGAGAUUCAGGCGCUUCAGGUACUGAACAAACAGAACAAGUGGAUCGACGCCCCUCCGAUUCCUGGGACGCUCGUGGUCAAUCUCGGCGAUCAGUUCGCCCGCUGGACGAACGAUGUCUUCAAGUCGACUGUCCACCGAGCGGUCAACCGAAGCGGCGUCCGUCGGUAUUCCAUCCCCCUGUUCUUCGGCACGGACUACCACGUGCGACUAGAGCCUAUCCCUAGCUGCGUCUCGCCGGACAGACCACCCAAAUACGAGGUCGUGACUGCAGGGGAAUACGUCAAGGAGAGGCUGAAGGCCACAUACGGCCAUUAG